CUAUAGACUCGUGACGGCGCAAGCCUCGAGACUCGAGCCUCAUCCUCGUCGCUCGCCCAUAUGUCUAUUCGACAAUACGGUGGCUGCGCAUUUUUAUACGGCCGAGACCGGGCCUAGAGUCUCUUCCGCAUCAUCUUCGGGACGCGGCGUGGCAGUGAAGCCGCGAUGUCAGCGCGUGCGGUGGGACGCGGUCGGGCAAGUUUUCGUGGCUGCGUUGCAGCGCGUACGUAUGCCUUAACGGAUUCGCUCGAGCACAUAACCUCAACGCAACGCCCGAGGCUUUCUGCUCUUUUGGCGGCAAAAGAUCUUUAGCCGCGCUCGCGUGAGGGACGACGGUGUCGUCGAGGCGAAAGUGUAAUCCUAAUUUUUUAAUGAUUGAACAUCAUGUUUGUGAAAAAUCUACAAAAUGACUUCUACAAUGUGAUACAUGGAAAACAAUGCCUUAUACUUGUCAAUUUUGAUGUAGAUGCUAUCUGUGCGUCCAAGAUACUGCAAACCUUAUUUAAAAAUGACAACGUUGUGUACACGCUCGUGCCUAUUCAGGGAGUUAAAGAUAUCGUUCGUAAAUAUUGUUUUAACACCUUUCAGAUAGAAUAUGUUAUAUUAAUCAACUGUGGAGGUACGAUAGAUGUUAUAGAAUUACUGCAGCCGGAGGAGAACGUUACUUUUUUUAUCCUUGAUAGUCACAGACCUUAUGACUUAGCCAAUAUUUACAACGAGAAGCAAGUGCAGAUACUUGGGGAUCCAGCGCUGGAAGAGGAUAUACCCGAAUAUAACGAUGUUUACAAAGAUGACUCUUCGGAUGAGGAUGAGGAAAAUAUUUCUGACGAAGAACAUGAAUCGAAUCAAGCAAAAAGGAGACGGUUAACGGAAGCUAAAAUUUUAAAGAGAAAAGAAAUACGCCAAUGGGAGGAAAAAAGAAACAAUAUUCUUUUUAAUUAUACUCAGUAUAGCUAUUAUGGAAAAUCGAGUGCCGUGGUGGUUUAUGAAAUGACAUGGCAAAUGUCAAGAGACAAUUUGGACAUGGUAUGGUGGGCUAUUAUUGGUUCUACCGAACAAGCCAUUUUAAGUAAAGCGGAAUCGAGCACUUGUGUCCUGGAAUCUGGUAAUUUACAAGGACAUGUAUCAAGACUGAGUCGCACAAGAGGUGGAAAUGUUGAUGUGCAGCAAUUAAGUGCGAUAAAAAUUACAUAUGAUAAAGACCUACAAUUAGCUUUAUACCGUCAUUGGUCAGUGGCCGAUAGUAUAAGGCAUUCAAUUCCAACAGCUGUUUCUUUACGUCUCUGGUCACUUAAAGGAGAGCAACGAUUAAGGGAACUAUUAGCUGAAAUGGGACUUCCUCUUGCUCAAUCCAAGCAACAAUUUACUGCAAUGGAUCUUAAUCUUAGACAAGAAUUCAAAGAAAUGGUAGAAAAGCUUGCUGACAAGUACAAUGUUAGCAGUAUAGUCGGUGCUAGUUUCACAUUACAAUAUGGAUAUCGAUUCAAAUACUGCGCUUCCGAUAUUGUUUAUGCAAUGUUGGCUGUAUUAGAAUCGACCUCUAAAGACAGGUUACCACAACUUUGUUUCCUAGAGGCUUCGGAUUGCCUUUUACGUACAAAAAAAGAAGUGCUUGAUAAAGGUAUUGAAAGAGCUAAAAACAUGCUCGUACAUAUUUAUAAAACAGCUAAAAAUGUAUUGGAGUUGAAGCAAGUAACAAAUGCUGGUACAUUUCUUUACAUCACUCUGUCGGAAGGAAUUUUACAUUCCCAUUUGUUUUCUCAUCCACAUGCACUUCUCAUGUUAGCGCAAUUUACUUUAAAAGCCUACGUUGAAUCCUCGAGAAAUAAGCGUGCGGCUGGCUGGCCUCUCGUCGCCUCGGCGAUAUUUAAUGAACAAGAGGGAACAUGUCUUAUCGUAGGUAUUCCGCCAGUAUGUGAAGAGCAGCCAAAAAGUUUAUUUGGUAGAGCAUUCGAACAAGCGGCUAAAAAUACCAAUUCCAUCUUAGAACCUGACUAUUUUGAUGCUACAAUUGCAAGACUGAAAAUUGAAGAUAGGCCUAAGUUUUUUGACGCUUUGGCAGCAUUAUUGGUAUGAUAAAGAAUUGUAAAAGUGAGCUAUUUAAGGAAAAGAAAUUUUAUUUCUAAACAAUACCGAGUGGAAGAAUACAAUACACCGUGUAGCAUAUUUUAUUACUAUGAAGACGAAAAGCGGAUAUAUUUAUAAGUUUGAUUAUUAUUAUUUA